UUAGGUUUCAGUACCAGCUUACACCGCUAUUGACCUGCACAUCAUUCUGCCUCGUUGACUUAUUGGAAGUUGCUCUAAUUGACUGUCUGGCUGUGUAUGGCCUAAGCCCUUGUUAUUAUCCCACUGAAGCUCUAUGGAGCAGGCGGACUCGGACAUCUUGGACAUCAGCACUAAGGUGCAGCUGCAUGGAGUGCUCUGGAAAAGAUCCUUCGGACGACCCUCGGGCAAGUGGUCUCGAAGAUUCUUCAUCAUUAAAGACAGCUUCCUGCUCUACUAUGCUGAAAAUGAGAAAAGAAACUUUGAAGCUAACAAAUACUUCAACAUUCAUCCUAAGGGUGUUAUCCCUCUAGGUGGGUGUGUGGUUGUGCCAAAGGAACAGCAGGGCAUGCCUUUUGCCAUGGUUAUCAACCACGAGGAUUUUAACGGAUGCAUUGUGUUAGCAGCAGAGACGGAGUCUGAGCAGACCCAGUGGCUGGAGAUGCUGCAGGAGUCUGGAAAAGUCACAUGGAAGAACGCCCAACUGGGAGAGGCUAUGAUUGAGAGUCUGGAGGCUCAGGGACUGCAACUAGCUAAAGAGAAACAAGAGUACCUGGAUAAACUGAUGGAGGAGACUGAAGAACUGACCUUACAGAGAGAACAGACAGCGGAGCUGGAGCGGCUGAAUCAGGUGCUGGAAGAGGAGAAGCAGAAGUUUGAGGAGGUGCUGUUGGAGCUGAGAGCCGAGCAGGAGCAGAUUAAGCAGGAUCUGGAUGGGACAUCUCAGUCGCUGAAAGGAGUAGAAACUGAAAAAGAAGAGCUUCACAGUCUGACCAGUCGACUGCAGCAGUCUCUUGAGGAACUGUCUAAGGAGAAGCAACGCACUUUGGAUCUGCUCAAAGAGACGGAUGGGUUUGAGGUUGAUUUCUUGAAACCUGAGGAGCAGCUACAAAGUACCCUGCGAAAUAUUGAGGAGCACAUGAUGUCUCUGCUUUUAGAGAAGAAGCAGGCUGAGGAGAGGCUGAGGGAGAAUGAGCAGCGAGCUCGGAUGCUGCAGGAGGAGAGGGAGUUCUACUCGACUCAGGCUUGUGUUCUUCAGCAGUCUCUUACUCAGCUCACAGCUGACAAACAACAGGCUGAAUCUGAGCUCAAGGCUGAGAUGGAGUCUCGUGCAGAGUUGGAGUGCAGGCUGAAACUGGCGGAGGAGGCUCUGAAAGAUCUGGAACUGGGUCUGAACUGCAUCGAGCGCAGCCGAGAGCGAGAGGAGAAGAUGAAAGGAGAUGUCAGCCAUCUCCGCAAGUUCUUUGAGGAGUGUAUCUCUGCUGCAGAGAUUGAAGCUAAGCUUCCUGCCAUCAUGAAGAACGCUGUUUAUCUCCAUAAAGCCGCAACUCGCCGAAUUAACAGCUGUCGAAUCCAGAGACGUGCUUCCAGGCAACACUGGCUCAAACACUCCCAGUCAUUUGCUGGAGCACAUGGUGAUGCUCCAAGUGUGGAGAAUCUGAAAAAACCCACUCGAUGUCUGACCACUGACAGUUCCUCUAGACAGCGCAGCAAGGCUCACCAUGCAAUCAGCUGCCAAGACAAGGUGAAGUCAGAGGACUGAAGUGGGAUGGAUCAACAUUUUUUCAUAUUUGUUAUACCCAAAUGACAAAUGAUUGCUGUCCAGUGCUGACAAGGGCUGUCAAAAUAAAUGUCACUUUUUCA